AUGACGGAUGCCAAAGACGGCAUUUCCCUGUUUGCUCACGCGUCUGGCACUGCCCCUGAACCUGCUACUGAUGCUUGUGCGCUCGACCGCUCACAGUGGCAGACUCGCGAUGCUGCUGCACGCCUCGCUAUUCGCAAUCACCUGCCGAUCCCCGAGCGCGCGCAUUUUAGCCAGCACAAGACUGCUAAGGCACUGUAUGAUGCUCUAGUUGCGCGCUACUCCUCCCCGGCCACUGCAGCCCUAGGGGUGCUCCCCCUCCCCCCUUACCCCUCCUACGCCUCUGCUGCUGCUGCUGUCGACUUCCUUGGUGCUGAGGAGGUCGGGGCUGCUUCCGCUCCUAGUAGGAAGCGCGGCAGCGCACGGGCCAGGGGGGUUGGCAGGGGUGGUGGGGGUGGCGGUGGAGGGGUCGGUGGUGGUGGUGGCGGGCGAGGUGGAGGAGGUGGGGGUGUUAGAGGCGGUGGUGGAGGUGGUGGGAGUGGUGGUGGUACCGGGAGCAGUGGCGGUGGCACCGGCGGUGGUGGGGGAGGAGCCGGUAGUGGUGGCAGCAGCGGUGGCAAGGGACAGCAGCAGCAGUAG